GGGUCGUCAUUAGCUGAGAGAGUGAGCGGCUGAGUGUUGAUUGGUUGGCUUUCUGUCUGUCUUAGGGGGCGUGCGCCAGCGCGCGGACAGACGGCAGCUUUUCCUGCUAAAAAUGGCUGAAAGUUAAUAAGGGAACAAAACAAAAAAGACGUUAUUGAAGAAACUGAGGUCAGGUUGUUGUUGUAUUAGGAGGCGAACCGGGAAUAAUUCUGGCGGAUGUUACUGAGCGGAAGUUACCAAUGAACAGCACCAGUGUCAUCCAAAUCCUGAACAUUCGCCAGGGGGGUCUUUCUCCCAUCAUUCCGAUUGAUAUGGCAAUGAGGAUAUGCCUGGCCACCUCCCCGCCUUUACACCCCUUCCUCUGUUCUUCAUCGUCAUCAUCAUCAGCUACUCUGCUGCAGUGCCAUGAACCACUGCGGCCGUGUCUUUCAUCUGGUCGUAAUAUUGCGAUGGCUACCACGCCCCCAACAAUGUCAAUGAACUCAAAGAGGAGUGCCGCAGAUGUCAUCUUCGGACACAGCAGGAUACUGCAGAAGAAGAAAAACGUGGUGUUUGCUGAUUCACAAGGUCUGGCACUCACUGUGGUCCAUAUCUUCAACCAAUUUGAGGAUGAACCGCUGAAUGAGCUGCAGUUCCAUCUAAACGAGAUGGAGGGUGCCACAGCUGGAUCACACCUGGGAGAUGGCAAAGAUGUUGGAGACUCUGGCUCGGUGCUGGUUUUGGACUUCACUUCACCAGCUUCAGACUAUCUAAACCUGAGGAACCGGCUCAAAGCUCAGCAUGUUUGUCUGGAAACGUGUCAUGUCCAGGAGCAUCUGCUCUCUGGAACUGUUCAGGUCCACAACAUCAGUUUUGAGAAGUUGGUGUCAGUCCGGAUUACCUUUGAUUCAUGGCACUCUUUCGAGGAUGUUAAGUGUCAAUACCUAAACAAUGUCUAUGGUGGCCCUGACACAGACACCUUCUCUUUUUCCAUCUUGGUGCCAGAGAUCAUUGAGCUUCCAAACAGAGUGGAGUUCUGCAUACAGUACAAAACUCCUGACAACACCUUCUGGGAUAACAAUGAUGGCAAUAACUAUCACCUACUGGUGGCUGACCCCAGCGGCAGUCUGGCGCAGAGCCCUGAUGCUUCAAGACAGCUAGAUAUCCAGAGAGUCUGUGGUGGAGAGAAAGGGGUUGAGAUGGACUUUGAUCCAUUUGGAAGUCCAAGGACAUCAACAGGGAUCCUCUCUGAGUGGCAGACCUGGAGAUGCAUAGAAACGAGCUCCCCAUACUGGUAAUAGUACAACAGAACAUGACUUUCCACUCUGGUGUAGGAGGUUCACCUAACUUUCAGAGGGGCUUUACAACCCAGACUCAGGUAAUCUAGACAUGGUUUGAUUUGACAUCAAAUGAACUGCUUAAACUCCUUUUCUGCAUAAGUUGUGGAUUAUGAAUGCGGCUUUGAGACCCAACCACAAAAAUCUAAAAGUGUACUGGAACACCUGGGUUUCACACGUGCCCCAGAUUCAGGUUGACGGAAGUGCCAGAACUGUCCCAGUUGACCAGGAGUGGAUGAUUGAUUCUAGUCUGAGUGCUGCAAACUGGAGCUGACCCUGAUCAGAUCUUUAGAUUGUGCACUUUAAAACCUGAGUCUAUGUAGUCCUAGGGCUGUGACGUAACAAACUGUGACCAGACAGCAGAAAGGAACUUCUUCCUUUACAAAGCACAGAGAAGUAUCAAAGAUGAUGGAAACUGACGAGCACAAGGCUUCUCAAGAGAUGAAGUUUUCUAGGGCUAAAGGGCUGGUAACUUUGAACCAUCACAGUACAGAAUUUUGCUGUUUUCUUCACCAGCGUCACACAGAUUGUACUUUCAAAUAUUUACAGCCUUACUUGUUCUUUAUGGAGUUGCACUAUGGUUCAUUUGCUGUUUGACGGUGGGUUUUGUAUAAAUCGCUAUAAGUGUUGAGCCUUUCUUCAUAACAGUUGUGGGAAGUUCUGUCUUUGAGACUGUAGGUUUGAAAUUUAAAAUGUUUCCUCUUUAUUUUCUAACACCAACAAAAUGAUCCUGACCAUUCUAAAAAAGGUCUUUUUAGGCUUUAAUUAAACAGCUGAAAAUUGUUGUUACAAAGAGAAAAUGAUGAAUGUAUAUUUGUCCAGUAUCGAAUCUCGUUCCUGUCUUAAAGCGUUUUAGGCUCAGCUCAUCCAAAACCCAAACAGACACUGGCUUUAAGUAUGUCCGGACCUUGACACUGCUCUUGUCUAGUCUAAGUCUCCUUGUCUCAGGUUUGUAGGCUCUAUUCUUAGUCGUCCUUUAGGCUCCAGACUAACCUCAUACAAAUGUAGCAUAUUCUGAAUUUAGAAGAGGUUGAGGGAAAGUGUUGCUUUAUGUUUUUUUUUUUAGCUGAAUAACCCUAGGAUUUAGCAUAGAUGCUAUUGAUACUAAACAGUUUCUUUCUUGUCCCAGGUAAUGGAUCUAUGCACUUUGUUUUUUUGCUGUAGAUGAGUAAAAGCUAAACAAAUCCCUUUAAGCCUCUGUAGCUGCUGACUGUGUCUUUGUGAAUCUUGAUGUUGUUAGGAGGUUGAUGUAUUGUUUGGGAAUAGAAAGCAUGUAACAGUGUUUGAGAGUCUGGAUGAAACCUGCUGUAAUCCGGUCAUGUGCAGAUUUUAAAAUAUUUUAUAGUAUAUUUUAUGCAGUACAAUCAAAAAAGUAAGCAGAAACUGUUAAAUGAAGCUGUCGUUAAUCUGAGGAGGAUAGGUCGACCAAAGACUGUGUUGACCUCUCAGUCGUCCUCCACUUCAGCUUCAGUAUCAGGGCUGCAAACAAAGGAAACCGUACUUGUUGUUGUGAUGACCAUUGCUGAAUGAGAUUUAAUGUCUUUCAGUGGGUUCAGUAGUUUGCGUCCACAAGGAAACAUUAUAUUAAUCUUUAGAGAUCCCAGAGAUGAGAUUUAUGUCACCGAAAAGCUUCAGCAUUGUUCAGUAAAGUGAUAACUCACUAAAACACAGAACUGCACUUUAACUAUUAUCCCAAACACAGUAGAAUAAAAACCACUUUACUCUUCAUAUGGAAGUUCACAUGGUUUUAUUUGUGGUUGUUUAGUCAUGCCCUGGUUAAGGUAUUGAAGUGCACAUUGGUGUAGCAGUAAGAGUAGGAAGAUGCUAAAUAUAGAUAUUAUUUUAUCUUUGGGUCCCUGAGCUGGUUGUGUGGCCCCGGUCUCAAUGAGGAAUCUGCUAUAAACCACACACUUAAAUGUAUUAACUAAAUGUACGACUUGAAAACAGCAAAUAAUCCAAAGUUAGCUUAGCUUAAACUAAUUUAAUAGAUAAGGUAAAUGCAUUCAGGUUGUAUAGCUAAGAUGCUAACUAGCUACUAGCAUUUGUAAUGGCUGUGAUGUAAUGUGCAAUGUACUGUAAUGAUGAUGUCACAAGGGAUUGUAGAAGCAGGAAUUGAUGUAAGCGACUGUUUAUUUUCAGGUGUUUUUUCCUAAUAAAGGUAUGUUUAGUGUUAAAAAGGGAGAUCAGUGACUUUUUGGUAAAAUAUUUAUUAAUCAGUGAAUAAAUCAAACAAUAAUAAAGUACAUGCAGCACAUCAGACAGUAGCAAUGAGAUUGAAACUCAUACGCUGCAUCUAGACCCUGAACUAAAUGACUGUGCUGCUCCCACUCAGACUAAAAUUUAGAUUUUCAUCUGUC